AUGGCCGAGUCCGUCCUGUUGUCCCCAAAGUCUAUAGCGGUUAUCGGCGCCUCCGAUAAGGAGGGUACGGUAGGCAGGACAAUCACCUCAAACAUAAUGAACGGCUUUCAGGGACCUGUGUAUCCCAUAAGUCCCUCUCGGUCCACGGUAUUUGACAAAAAGGCGUACAAGUCGGUUCUGGAUGUCCCGGAUCCCAUCAGCCUAGCAGUUAUUGUAAUUAGGAAUACGCUCGUGCCACAGGUUCUAGAGGAGUGUGGCAGGAAGAAGAUCAAGGGCGUUGUGGUAAUUACAGCGGGCUUCAAGGAGGUGGACGAAGAGGGAGCCAGGCUUGAGCAGCAGAUCAAGGGCAUCGUAAGGAAGCACAAGAUGGAGAUGAUCGGUCCCAACUGCCUCGGAGUCAUGAACCUUGACCCGAACACCAUGAUGAACUCCACCUUUCUGAAGAUCACGCCCAAGACGGGCCACAUCGCCCUGGUCUCCCAGAGCGGAGCCAUAUGCGCUGCCCUGUGCGAGGAUGCCAGCGCCCAGGGCAUAGGGUUCUCCGCCGUGAUAAGCCUGGGAAACAAGGCAUCCACAAACGAGAUCGCAGUCCUUAAGAUGCUGGCAUCCCACAAGCAGACCCGGGUGAUAGUCAUGUAUCUAGAGGAUGUGGGCAACGGCAAGGACUUUCUCAAGGUGUGCAGGAGUGUCACCCGGAAGCACAAAAAACCCGUACUGGUGCUCAAGGCAGGCCGUAGCACCGAGGGGGCAAAGGCGGCCAUGUCGCAUACGGGAGCCUUGAUGGGCUCAGACGAGCUGUACGACGCGCUUCUCCGGCAGUCGGGAGCCAUUCGGGUGGAUACGAUGGAGGAGCUCUUUGACUAUGCCACCGCCUUCUCAAAGCAGCCGCUACCUACCGGCGGAGAUCUGGCAAUAGUAUCAAAUGCAGGAGGGCCUGCAAUCAUAUCUACUGACGCGUGCUCCAAGACGGGAAUUGCGAUGGCCAAGAUCGAUUCCAUCAGGCCCGAGAUAGACCGGGUAAUUCCGCCAUGGGGAAGCUCCCGCAACCCCGUAGACAUAGUGGGCGAUGCCAACUUUGAGCGGUUCAGGGGGGUUUUGGAGCAUGUGCUACGACACGAGAACGUAGGCUCUGUAAUUACAAUGUGCACCCCGUCAGGCACCCUGGACUACGACGGACUGGCCAGGGUCAUAGUGGAGAUGUCCAAGAAGCACAAAAAGACCAUGCUUGCGAGUCUGAUGGGCUUGGACGAGGGCAUAACGAACCGGCAGAUUCUUGCAGCCGGGGAUGUUCCCUACUACACAUACGCAGAGGGGGCUGUCCGGGCCCUUGGAGCCAUGCUCAGAUUCUCCCGGUGGAUAAACACGCCCCAGGGAAGGGUCACCAAGUUUGAGGUGAACGCAAAAAAAGUGAGAAAGAUUCUCGACUCUGCAAGGCGUGAAGGGAGGCAGAACCUGCUGGAGGAAGAGGGGCAGCAGAUACUCAAUGCAUACGGGUUUCCCCUUCCGAAGAGCAGGUUGGCAAGGAAUGCAGACGAGGCUGCCCGCAUGGCUGGUAGGAUCAAGUUCCCCGUGGUGCUAAAGGUUGCGUCCCCACAGAUAAUUCACAAGUCCGAUGCGGGCGGGGUGGCAGUCAACCUGAAGAACGAGGAAGAGGUAAGGGCGGCCUUUGCCAGGAUAAUCUCCAGCUGCAAAAAAUACAACAAGGAUGCCGAGAUCAUGGGCUGUCUGGUAGUGGAGAUGGUAAAGGGCGGAAAGGAGCUCAUCAUCGGCUGCAAGCACGAGCCCGGCAUGGGUCCCGUUCUGAUGCUGGGAAUGGGCGGCAUAUACGUAGAGAUACUCAAGGACGUCACAUUCAAGCUGGCUCCGAUUACCGCCCGGGAGGCAGACGACAUGAUCGCCUCCAUCAAGACCAGGAAGCUGCUGGAGGGCGCGCGCGGUGAAAAGCCGUCGGAUCUGCCCAAACUCUCCGAGUGCAUCCAGAGGCUCUCGCAGCUUGUGACUGACUUUGAGGAGAUCAGGGAGCUGGACAUGAACCCGGUUCUGGUAAUGGAAGAGGGCCGGGGGUGCCGGAUUCUGGAUGUCCGGAUCGGGCUUCAGUGA